CAUACCGUACCGCGGAGUAUAUUUUUCGAAUUUUUCGGGAGACUUCUCAGUUCUGAAAAGAACUGUCCUGGUUUUUAAAUAAUACAUGGAAGGUAAAACAUCGGCUACUACUUUAGCUUAUAUAGGAUCGUUUUAACUUCAAUAACACGUUCUUAAUUUCGUCAGGACUCGGAGACUAUGGAGUCCUAGGUUUGUAUUAUUCCAAAAUGGUGUCACACACCCGAGUCGCCCUCAUCGCUCAGAGCCAGGCCAGGAAUUUUAUUUUGAACAUGUUAAAAGGCUGCUUUCAUUUCGCAAAUGGCACUUCCAUUGAAAGUCUGGUAAACGUUUGAGGGGCACCAAUGCCCCAAUCUAGCAGCAGAUGCCAUGUCCUCCGCGGCCUUCGUGGAAUUCCAGUCCUGCAGAACCAUCGCCUCCCCUCUUGCUCGCCAAAUAAAUUAGAUGCAUAAGCUAGCCGAAUGUCACCCGGAGAAUGGAACGAUCACGGCAGCAGGGAAAGAAGACAAAAGACCAGUUUGGACUUCCAAGACGGAAUUCUUCUUGUCCUGUCUGGGGUACUGUGUUGGGCUCGGGAAUAUCUGGCGAUUCCCUUACCUCUGCUUUGAAAAUGGUGGUGGUGCGUUUUUAAUCCCUUAUCUCAUAGCUCUGGCUAUAGCCGGGUUACCAACAUUCUUUCUGGACUUGGCCUUUGGACAGUACAGUAGUCUGGGAUCCAUUUCAGUAUGGCGGUGUGUUCCUUUUAUGCGAGGUCUUGGAUAUGGUCAGAUUUUCAUCUCCUGUCUCGUCGCGAUCUACUACAACGUCAUCAUCAUGUACACCGUCUACUACUUCUUUGCCUCCUUCGCUACCGUCUUGCCCUGGGUCGGCUGCGGCCACGAGUGGAACACCGAGUUCUGCAGCGAACUUGCCACAGACUGCCUGAGAGUAGGGGGAGUUAUGACCCAGGACAACACCUGCAAACUCCUGGGUAGUCUCUCAGUGGCCCAGUUGUACAGUUUGAACAUCACCAGUGACGGGAACGGGACAUUUGAUUUAGGAAACUACACCGAUCCUUUUAAAGUAGAGAGGAGUAUCCCAAGUGAGGAAUACUGGAAGAGAGCAGUACUUCAGGAGUCUGCCUCUAUGAAUGAGACUGGAGGCAUUAUCUGGCAGCUAAUGCUCUGUCUAAUCUUCGUAUGGGUUCUCGUCUUUGUGUGCCUCAUCAAAGGCAUCAAGUCAACUGGAAAGGUUGUAUACUUCACAGCCUUGUUCCCAUAUAUCUGCCUGCUGAUUCUACUGGUUCGGGGUGUAACUCUACCAGGGUCUGGCAAAGGAAUCAACUUUUACAUAAACCCAAAAUGGCAGACACUCACCAAGCCAAAGGUCUGGUUGGAUGGCGUUAGUCAGAUUUUCUUUUCGUUGGGAGCCGGAACCAGUGGGCCGUUGACAUUGGGAUCUUACAAUAAGUUUCAUAACAACUGCUUUAUUGAUGGAGUCACCCUUGCCCUACUCAACUCUGCCUCCAGCAUCUUUGCGGGGUUUGUCAUUUUCUCCGUGCUGGGUUUCGUGGCUGACCAACAAGGCAAAGCUGUCGGUGAUGUCGUAUCUCAAGGAUUUGGUCUGGCCUUUGUGGUGUACCCUGAAGCGGUGGGUAAAAUGCCGGCAGCUCCAAUCUGGUCUAUCAUCUUCUUCUUCAUGUUGAUCACAAUUGGUUUGGAUAGUCAGUUUGUGAUCAUAGAGAGAGCGACAACUGGUUUAAUAGACGAGUUUCCAAUUCUGAGAAGACAUCGUUUAGCAACAACCGGAGCUAUGUGCUUUGUUUUCUGUAUGAUCGGGCUACUGUGUACCACUAAUGCUGGUGCAUACUGGUUGGCAUUCUUCAAUGGUUACGGUCCGUCUUAUUCCUACAUGCUCUUCUCGCUCUGUGAGACCGUCGCCCUGUGCUAUCUGUACGGCAUCAAACGUCUGAAAAACGACAUCCGAGCGAUGGUUGGUGACUAUUGGGUGGACUCGAAGGUGUUCAUGUGGUUUCCAAUCGCAUGGUGUGUCCUAUGCCCCAUAACACUGACACUUACACUUGUAGUUGGCUGGAUUAUUCGUAACGACCCCGAGUACAAUGGACCUUUCCCGCCAUGGGCAAUGGUGAUUGGUUGGUCCUUCACUUUCUUCGCUUUCAUUGGUAUACCAGUAGUUUGGGUAAACGACCUGGUGAAGAACAAGGGAACAUUACGCGAGCGCUUAAGCAUAAUGAUCACACCACAGAACAACUGGGGACCGGCCAAACCAGAGGACCGUCAGCAUGCUUGGGACGUCCACAUCCAACACGGAACUACUAUGGGAGGCAUGCUUCAUUUACUGGACAGUGCGGACAAUGUAAAAUUCCCGACCGUGGCAACUGAUAUGCUGUAAUACUUUGAUCAAAGAAACAAACUUGUAUAAGAUCACAGAGUCACAUAAAACUUAUAUGGUCGAAGGUGAUGAUAGUAGAAAACAUCCCUUGAAAUAUUUAAGGUCUUAGUAUUUCCUUGACUUCCAGUGUUUAAACUUUAAUGUUGAAUGCAUUAUAGGCGCCAGUGUUUAUUUCUAAUUGUAAGUGCUUUGAGUGUUUAUAGUUUUAGGCGGUAGUGUUGACGCUCUGGCUACCAGUGUUAAAACAUUAGGUGCUAGUGUUAAAAACAUUAGGUGCUAGUGUUAAAACAUUAGGUGCUAGUGUUACAUGUAAAACCUGAGCAGCUAGUGUUAAAACAUUAGGUGCUAGUGUUAAAACAAAAGGUGCUAGUGAAUAUGUUAGGUGUUAUACUUUAAGUGCUUGCAAUUGUGCUUAUACAUUUACAGGCAAAAAUAUUCUACUUUUGAAACAUCUUUCUUACCAUUAUGCAUUUUAUACGAAACGAUUUUUAACGCUUUUCAUAGACAAACUCACCUGAUCCAAGGCAACAUGUCUCUCUAAGCUGGAACAUGUUUUCUUUUAUGACAAAGUAAUUUUGGAGAUAAAUUACAAAUAUAAUUUGUCAACUCUACUGCAAAACCAUCUCUGAAAAAAAGAAGUUUCCAUUCAAAUAUAUAUUUUUUUACUUUUCUACUCUCUAUUUUUUCCAUUAAAAUGCAUAUUUUUACUUUUCUACUUUCUUUAUAUUUUUGUAACUUUAUAAAAAAAGGGGGAAAAAAUUAAGAGGAAUAAUUAAUAUUAUAAUUUGUUUCCAAUUGUAAAAGGUGAAAUUUUAGUUUUAUGAAAAAUCAAAUUCAUGGAUCAAAUUUAAAGAAAAAAAAAGAAAAGAAAAGCUUAUUCUAUUCUGAAGUAAAAUACUACGAAGUUGCACAUAAAAUUGCCUGAAAUAACAACAAAGUGAAAUGAAUUCCAGUAUUCAAAAUUGUCUUUAUUUGAAAUAUCCAGAUUAAGUUAUAAAAUAAAGCAUGAGGAGUAUUAUA